UGUAGAUCGGUACGCAUGGGGAGGCCGCCACCGCCGCCAGCCCAGGUUUGGGCUGGUAUGGAUAUGGUUUAUGGAUAUGGUCGAUGGAGCAUCAGGAGAAGCUGUGGAGUCCCAGCAGGUUGCUCCUUGUGGUUCAUUUAUGCACCAAGUGAUUGCGGUAACCGCUAAAAGAGCACCUUGGCUGCGACCCCCUUGUCUGCUCAAAGAUGGAUCGCUUGGGGGCCCGGGCUUGGGCUUGGGCUUGGGCUUGGGAAGGCUUGGUUCAGUACAUAAUCAACGCAUAGGGUGGCGUACGAGGUUGUAUGUAUCAGUCACCCUAUACACUACGUACAUAACGUUGCAGAUGGAUGGGAUGGUAUGGGAUGGGAUGGGAUGGUCAUGACCACCGCCUCGUAACGCACGUAGUGGACAAUUAUAGCAACUAUGCGAUGCAACUCAAAGGGUGUC